AAUACUGUGAAAAAAAAGGCCUGGCAGUUUGCUUCCAUUAAGAUUAUGGCCAAGAAAACCCUGUGGAGCAGUUCUACUCUGUAACACAUGGGGUCACAGUGAGUCAGAAUUGACUCAAGGGCAAUUAACAAUAUACCUGACAACCAGAAGGCUGUUCACACAACCCACAAUAAGCCGUUUUUUGUGGAACUCUGGGGGGCCAAUUUAAAAGCCAGUCUACGGUACCAUUCUGAAAGACCAUUUCGUACAACUUAUACCUGGCUCCCUCCUCUGGAAUACUGUUUGUUUAAUAUAACCUUUUUUGAAAAGCAAUUCUGUGAGGAGCUCUGGGGAGCCAAUCAAUAAAGCCAGGCCACCAGUCUGCUCAAGCUGAUCCCUUCCUCUGGAAAACUGCCUGAUACAACUAUUGAAGAAGAUUUUUAUCAGACUAACAUGUGGGUCAUGCUGGAAGGCUGAUUUGUAAAGCCAGGACAUGAGGCCAUUCAGAGAGGCAAUUUCACACAGCCUGUACAGGCACUGUGAGACGGAGCCAGAUGGCAGAAGGCACCAACCAUCUUGGAGACCCCCAGGCAGGAACAGGUGCCCUCUGGGAGGCCCUCAGGGCACUCCUGCCACCCACGAAAGAAGGCUUGAAAUUGGACGUUGGUGAAAAAGUGGAGAGGAGUGUAGUUCUGCUGCUGGAGCGAGCUGCUGAGCUCUUCUACGGGGGCAGAAGGAGUGAGUGUCUGCAGACAAGCGAGAUGAUCCUGGACUACUCCUGGGAGAAGCUCAACACAGGGCCGUGGCAGGAUGUGGACAAAGGCUGGCGACAGGUUUACACCUUUGGCUGCCUUCUGAAAGCCGUGUGUCUGUGUGAGAUGCCAGGGGACACUGCCGCCGUGGCUGCAGCCCUGAGGGUCUGCGACAUGGGCCUGCUGAUGGGGGCGGCCAUCCUUGGGGAUGUCCUCAUUAAAGUUGCCACCAUCCUCCAGGCACACCUUCCCUCUGAGAAAAGGCCUGCCCAAGGCCCGACCUGGGAGCAGCCCAGCACAAAGAAAGCAAGGAGUGAUCACAUUCCGAUUCCAGAUGUGAAGUUAGAAAGAACAGUCCCCCGCCUUCACUGCCCAUCCCUCGAGUAUUUCAAGAAACAUUUUUUGGUUCCAGAGAGACCUGUGAUCUUGGAAGGCGUGGCCAACCACUGGCCAUGCAUGAAGAAGUGGAGUUUGGAAUAUAUCCAGGAAAUUGCUGGCUGCCGAACUGUCCCAGUGGAAGUAGGUUCCAAGUACACAGAUGAAGACUGGUCCCAGACACUCAUGACCGUCAACGAGUUCAUCAGCAGAUACGUCGUGGAUGAGCCGAAGGAUGUCGGGUACCUUGCUCAGCACCAGCUCUUUGAGCAGAUCCCAGAGCUGAAGCAGGACAUCAGCAUCCCUGAUUACUGCUGCCUGGGCAACGGGGAGGAAGACGAGAUCACCAUUAACGCCUGGUUUGGUCCCCAAGGAACCGUCUCCCCACUUCAUCAGGAUCCCCAGCAAAACUUCCUAGCCCAGGUGAUUGGGAGUAAAUACAUCCGGCUGUAUUCACCGCAGGAGUCAGAGGCUUUAUACCCUCAUGACUCACACCUGCUUCAUAACACGAGCCAGGUUGACGUGGAGAACCCCGACUUGGAGAAGUUCCCCAAGUUUGCUGAGGCCCCGUUCCUGUCCUGCAUCUUGUCUCCUGGAGAGGUCUUGUUCAUCCCAGUUAAGUACUGGCACUAUGUGCGGGCUCUGGACUUAAGCUUCUCAGUCAGCUUCUGGUGGUCGUAGCCCAGAUAAAAGGGGGUCACUGCUCUAGGCCUGACCUGGGGCUGAGUCCUGGGAUCUAGAGACAAGCUGGACUAAGCCUGUGCCUGAAGAAGCCUUUGCUGCCCAGGGGAGGGGCAUUGGGAUGAAAGGGGUGUCCCACCCAGAAGGACAUUCCAGGCAGACCAACAACUCACACUGAGGCCCAGGUACCAGGAAGCCUGAAACAAUGGGAAACGAGCAGUGUGUGCAGUGGCUUCAUUUACCACGUUCAAAACCCAGCUCCACUGCUUCACUGCAUUGUGAUUUGGAGCAAGUCACUUCACGGUGCCUGAGUCUCCCUCUGGCGAGAGGGCAGUGCCAGUCCUCAGCACAGAGCUCUCGGUGAGGUGUGCGUGUGCAGCAGCAGCUCCCGCCGCUCCACAACUAAGUCACUAGUGACCGCUCCUGUCGCGAGCCGUAGAAAUUACGACCAUUGCAUACUUUGCUGUCGUGACUGGGCCUGUGGGGAUGGCCACAGCCUGCAGGCCUGGGAAAGAAGUGGGUGAGCCCUGGUCACAGGAGGGGCCUUACCUGCAUGCUCAGGAGUUGGACCUCUGCUGGGGAGAGUUCUGCAGUGGUCGCUACUGAAGUACAAGCUGCCUACAGACAAGUGCAUAUGCCAUCUAGCUGGAUGGAUUUUCAACUGUGGAUAAACCCACAUAACGUGCUAGAACCAUCCCCAGCACCUAGAAGCCCCCUCUCCCCUGCCCCUUCAGUCACCCUCCCCCCAGGAUAACUACUCUCCAGGGGUGGGUUUUAGGCAGAAAAGAGACCCGGGCUCUCAGUAAAGACAGAUGGUUGCUUGUAAACCUGCUCAAAACCUUGGUUGGUGUUACGUUUUGACCAUUAAAGCAUUUCCCCAGUCCUCUAACUAAAGACAGGCAGGCAUAUCCCAACAGCUGGCACCAGGAGAUGCCCUCCACUUGUUGGGAGAAUCACAAAUUGGUGGACAUUUAUACAAGUAUUAUCUGGAUUUUGACAACAUGCAUGACACCAAGUGAUCAUGAGGUAAAAAUUCAUUCAUUACAAACCAGUCGCAAAAGAGAAAAUUUUAAAAGCUAAUAAACCUUAAAUUUUUAGUGCAGCUUCACCAACACUCAAAAGAUAUGCAGAGUAAAACAAAGAUGCCUAUUACUAACUUAGGAAAGAUGUUUAAAACUCUCGUCCUCAGGGUUGAGGGUAGGCUGUCCUGCUGGACAGAAUUUUAGCAGCAACCAAGACCAUUAUAUGUCCAUGUUCACAUUUGGAUGUAAUGAUUCCCACUUCUAGAAAUCCAUCCAAAGGAAACAGAGAGAUGGUCAAGCAUAUAUGUACAACAGUGACCAUCACCGCAUUAUUUGUAAUAGCAGUUAACUAGGGACCUUCUACAUUAUGUCAGUAAGAAACAGCCAUGAACACAGUGGAAUUUUAUUCUGCAGUCAAACAUUUAGAAUAUUCAAAGUUGGGGGAAAUGCUCACUAUGUCACAUUUAAGUAAAAUGCACUAUGCUCUUAAUUUUUAGACAUUUUUAUAUAUAUGUAUAUACGUAUAAGUGUGUGCACAUAUGUACAUGUCCCAAAGAAAAUGCUCCAGAUAAAUUAGUGGAUGUAUCCAGGCCAGUCAUGAAAUGAUACAUGAUUUUAAUUUUCUUUUAGCUCUAUAAUUUCAAAUUUUUCAAUAAGGUAAGAAAUCAGAAAAAAAUAAAUGUAAUUUUAUUUUUAAAAUAAUUUGUUCAAGCACAUUUCACUGCCGCCUGUUCUGAAAGGAUGCAAGCCCUGGUUCUCAGGGAGCAGCAGUGUCGAGGGGAGCCUGACCUGCAGGCAGGGAUCACUGAACUGGUGGGCUGCACUAUGGGAGGUGGGUGCCAUGUGAGAUGGUUACACAGAGGGACAGAGGAUGGGCUCAGAAAGUGGAGGCCAGAGCUGAUCUGGAAGGAUGCAUAGGAUCUUCCAAGGAGACAAAGGGAGCGUGGGCCUCGAGGCUGAAGUACUCACAGUGAUGUCGGGACCGCUGGCACCCAGGGUGGGACAAGGGAAGUGGUUCAAGAUAAAAUUACAGGUGCAGCAAGAUCCUGGAUUGUGCAUGCCCCUGAUGGCCAGAUGUGCUGGGGCUUAUCCAGUUCAUGAUAGAAACCCAAUUCAAACGGGUUUAAGCUAAAACAAAGCCAACAAACAGCACGGAUAUAUUGCUCCCAUAGCAGGAAAGGACACUGGAGGUGCUCUGAGAAUGGCCGGAGGAGCUGUAGGAGGAAGCCUGGGCUCAGGCCUCCAUGGACAGGCCUCUCUCCCUCCCCUGGAUGUCCUCAUCUCUGUAGGUCUCCACUGGUUUCCUUCUUCACCGUCUUGCAAUAGGCCUUCUCCACAGGGGGAGGAGAUGGUCCCAGCAGGCUCAGUCCAUAUCCUCUAGCUCCAUGGCCCACAGGCACAGCUGCUUGUCCUGCAGCUCCAAGUCAAGGAACUCCAGGGAAGACUGCUUGGUGAGGCCUGGGACAUGUCUGCCCGGUGACUAGAAGAAAUGGAGGGAAAGGAAAGCCUUGCUGGACAGCUGAAACUCUUAACUAUGAAUGCCCUCCAUGACCAGGCCAGAGAACUGUGACCUUAUCAUGUAGGCCUUGGGGCUUCUGAAUUUUGAGCAGAGAGACUGUCAAAAUAAAUGUGUUGUUGAAAAUACAGCAGAACAUACACCAA